UUUGCGUUAGCUUAAGAAGAUUUAACAACUUUCAGUUCUGUCCAGAGGGUAAAGGUAUUAUAACAAAAGUCUUGGAAGUCUCUCAGCACUUAUUAACUCUUUGGAUUCACUAGCAUCAGCAACACAAAAAUAUUUGGGUUGACCACUCAGUGAAUCUCAUGUGACUGCAACUGUGGGAUCAGAUAAACUACGGGAGUUUAUAUCUGCUGAGAAAUUGGCUCAAACAUACAAGCUUCCAAAGAAUGAAGAUUUUGAUAAUGAUUGAUUUUGUCCUUGCAGCUAGCUUGAUGGAUGCCAUUGGCAGCUCUGAUCUACAGAACUGUUUUCAAGAGCAGAUACGACUUCAGGGCCAGGUGAGGCUUCUGGAACAUCGUGUGAAACAGCAGCAGUUAAAAAUUAUACAGCUUUUAGAGAAGAAAGAGAUUCAGUACAGUGACAGAGGAGAUGAAAACAGUGUCAUUGACUUGGGAGGAAAAAGACAGUAUUCAGAUUGUGCAGAAAUCUACAAUGACGGCCAUAAGCAAAGUGGAUUUUAUAAGAUGAAACCUAUCCAGAGUCCUACUGAAUUCCUUGCCUUCUGUGACAUGUCUGAAGGGGGUGGUUGGACUGUUUUUCAGAGACGUUCCGAUGGCAGCCAGAAUUUUGAUAGAGUCUGGACUGACUAUGAGGAAGGCUUUGGAAAUUUUGUUUUGACAAAUGGUGAAUAUUGGCUUGGAAAUAAAAAUCUUCAUUAUUUGACUAAUCAAGGGAACUAUACUCUAAGAAUUGAUCUAACUGAUUUUGAAGGAGAACGGCGUUUUGCACAAUAUGCAAGAUUCAAAGUUGCAGGUGAAGAGCAUUCUUACGAGAUGAGUUGUGGUGAAUACUCUGGUACAGCUGGUGAUUCCCUUACUGGUGGAUUUCAUCCUGAAGUAAAAUGGUGGGCUGAUCAUCGAGGAAUGAAAUUCAGUACUAGAGACAGGGAUAAUGACAAUUAUGAAGGGAACUGUGCUGAAGAGGAAAACGCUGGCUGGUGGUUUAACAGGUGUCACUCUGCCAACUUGAACGGUUUGUACUACAAAGGCCCCUAUACUGCAAAGACAGACAACGGGAUUGUUUGGUACACUUGGCAUGGGUGGUGGUACUCUCUGAAAUCCGUUGUCAUGAAGGUCAGACCAGCAGACUUUGAACCUAAUAUUGUUUAAGCAUUUUAUUAAACGAUUUAUCUAGUUAAUCUUUUAGCAAAUCAAUCCAAAUUAAAACAGAUGGGCAGAUUUUUGCUUCUCAUCUAUGCAUGUAUAAAUCUGGAAUAAUUCCUUUGCAACGAGUAGUUUUAUGAGAUGUAAAUGAGAAGACAAUCUGGCCUAUGAAUCUGUAGAUACAAAUACUAGUGCUAAUAUGUGUACAGGAUUUUUUAAAAAAGGCAGGUGUUCACCUAGGAGUAAGGACAUCUUGAUCAACAUGGAGAAUUUUUGGCUUCUGCAGUAACUACAAAUCCUUUCACCUUUUAAAAAAACUAUUGUCACUGUGUUGACUCAAAAAUGAAAAUGAAUUCUACGUAUUACAAUCAAAAAACUAUUUAAAUACAAGCAUAAGGCUGGUUUAGUCAGUGGAUGGAACAUACUUUCUUUGGAAUGAUUCAAGGCUUUAGAAGUGAGUUGCCUGUAAAUUCCUCUGAUUUAUUUGUUGCAUGUGUUGUGUACAUAGCAUACAUAAAAAGUAUAAAGAAUGAGGCAGGGAACUGAAGGAAGAGAAGGGAUGAAGGCUAGAAUCAAUUGAAUUCAGCAUACAGAAGUGGAUUGUCUGUUGUUGCUGAAGCAUUUCUAGGGCUGGUCACAUAAUUUCUAACAUUUUUAGAUGGUCAGUAAUUAUGCCUUUCUUCUUCUUGGUAACCAUUAUGCCUUUCUUUUUUUGGUAACAUUUGGUAACAAAACCUGGACUUUAAUGUAUUGACAUUUGGAGUUUACCAAAAGGCUAAAUAACAAAAGCUGCAAGUAAUUUUAAUGUGAGCUCCGCUUUGAACACAGACUAUCAUAAUGUAUGUGUAGAGGGAAGUGUAUUUCAUGUGCAACUAAAAUCUGGCAUUUCAGA